AUGGCCAUGGAGACGGAAGAUGAAGCGGGCAAAGCGCACUUCAGUGAGCCACCGUUUCCCCCAUCCCCUCCUGUUACUCUUAUUCUUUUAAGUAUUCUUCAUUGUCAAGUCGCCAAAGUGGAGAGUUUGAUUGCAGAAGGGGGUGCUUCUCGUUUCAGUGCUUCUUCGGGGGGAGGAGGUGGUAGGGGCGCACCUCAGCACCAUCCCAAGACUGUCGGCAACAGCGAGUUCCUGGGGAAAACCCCAGGGCAAAGCGUUCAGAUAUGGGUUCCUUCACGAAGCACUAGACGAGAUGUCAACUCCAGCAACGAAAAAGAGCGACACGAUGCAAUCUUCAGGAAAGUGAGGGGCAUACUCAACAAACUCACGCCUGAAAGGUUUGACAAGCUAUGCCUCGAGCUCCUCAACGUGGGCGUAGAUUCAAAACUCGUCCUUAAAGGAAUCAUCUUGCUGAUUGUAGACAAAGCCCUAGAAGAGCCGAAGUAUAGCUCGCUCUAUGCUCAGCUAUGUCUGCGCUUGGCAGAGGACGCACCAAACUUUGAUGGCCCUUCAUCUGAGAUCCAAACAUCCCAAAAGCAGAGCACAACCUUCAGACGACUGCUCAUUUCCAAACUUCAAGAUGAAUUUGAAAACCGCACCAGAAAUGUUGAAAUCUAUGACAAACAUGACAACCCUCUUACUUCUGAGGAGGAGGAGCAGCGUUCAAUUGCCAAGAGAAAGAUGCUUGGCAACAUCAAAUUCAUCGGGGAACUUGGCAAACUCGACCUCAUCCACGAAUCUAUCCUUCACAAGUGCAUCAAAACACUGCUGGAAAAGAAGAAAAGAGUCCAGCUCAAGGACAUGGGGGAGGAUCUGGAGUGCCUCUGUCAGAUAAUGAGAACAGUGGGGCCGAGACUCGACCACAACAAAGCAAAGUCUUUAAUGGAUCAGUAUUUUGGCCGUAUCCGAUCCUUAAUGAAUAACAAGGAGUUGCCCGCAAGGAUCCGCUUCCUGCUCCAAGACACAGUGGAACUGCGAGAAAACAACUGGAUCCCCCGCAAGGCUUUCAUUGACAACGGACCAAAGAUGAUUCACCAGAUCCGUCAGGAGGCAGUGAAAGAUUUGAGUGUUUUCAUCCCAGCACCCAUGUCUCAGGGGAUGAGGAUGGACUUCUUCCUGGAAAGCCCCUUCAUGCCCAACAGAAUGAAACUGGACAGGGAGACUCUCGGGGGAUUGGCCGAUAUGUUUGGGCAGAUGCCAGGCGGUGGGAUUGGAACUGGCCCUGGGGUUAUUCAGGAUCGGUACUCGCCCACCAUGGGACGCCAUCGCACCAACCCGCUCUUCAACGGCCACAGUGGCCACAUCGCCCCCGCGCCACAGUCACAGUUCGACGUGGGGCAAAAGUCUUUCGUUAAGUCCAACCAGGUUCAGAACCAGCAUUUCCUCAACCAGAACCAGAACCACCUGGCCCAGCAGCAAGUCCAGUCCAAGGACAUGCCUCCACGAUUCAGCAAGAAAGGACAGCUCAAUGCAGACGAGAUCAGCCUCAGACCUGCUCAGUCAUUCCUCCUCAUCAAGAACCAGGUACCCAAACUCCAGCUUCAGAUCCCCACCAUGAUGCCUCCCAGCGCCCAGCCCCCCCGCACUCAGACCCCCCCUCUGGGACAGCCCCCACAGCUCGGCCUGAAGACCAACCCUCCGCCCAUCCAAGAGAAACCUCAGAAGAUCAACAAGAAACCCCCGCCUGCCAAGGAGGAACUGCUUAAAAUGACGGAGACGCUGGUGACUGAGUACCUGAACAGUAAGAACCUGACGGAGGCCGUGAGCAGCGCCAAAGAGAUGAAAGCUCCGAAGCACUUCCUGCCGGAGAUGCUGAGUAAGAUCAUCGUGUUUGCCCUGGACCGUCCCGACGAGGACAAAGAGCACGCCAGCACUCUGAUCCACACGCUGCACUCAGAGGGCCUCGUCACCGCAGAGAACUUCAUGCAGGCCUUCCUCAGCGUCCUGGACCAGUGCCCUAAGAUCGAGCAGGACGUCCCGCUGGUGAAGUCCUUCCUGGCCCAGUUUGCGGCGCGGGCCGUCAUGGCGGAGCUGGUGAGCGUGGCGGAGCUGGCCCACCCGCUGGAGAACGGCACGCACUUCCCCCUCUUCCUGCUCUGCCUGCAGCAGACCACCAAGCUGAAGGACCGAGAGUGGCUCACCGACAUCUUCCAGCAGAGCAAGGUCAACAUGCAGAAGAUGCUCCCAGAAAUCGAUCAGAACAAAGACCGCAUGCUGGAGAUCCUGGAGGGGAAGGGCCUGAGCUUCCUGUUCCCGCUGCUGAAGCUGGAGAAGGAGCUGCUGAAGCAGAUCCAGGCAGACCCCUCCCCUCAGUCCAUCUACAAGUGGAUCAAAGACAACAUCUCGCCCAAGCUCCACACCGACAAAGGCUUUGUCAACAUCCUCAUGACCAGUUUCCUGCAGUUCAUCUCCCAGGAGCUGAGCGUGUCGGAGGCCGAGGAGCAGCUGGCGGCGCCCUCCAGAGACCUCCUGGAGCAGGAGAAGCAGCUGCUGCUCGCCUUCAAGCCCGUCAUGCAGAAGUUCCUCCACGACCACACCGAGCUGCAGGUCAGCGCGCUCUACGCCCUGCAGGUGCACUGCAACGCCAGCGCCUUCCCCAAAGGCUUACUGCUACGCUACUUUGUCAACUUUUACGACAUGGAGAUCAUCGAAGAAGAAGCCUUCCUCGCAUGGAAAGAAGAUAUAAGUCAAGAAUUCCCUGGAAAAGGGAAAUCUUUAUUCCAGGUCAACCAGUGGCUCACCUGGCUGGAGACAGCGGAGGAGGAGGAGUCUGAGGACGAAGCAGACUGAAGAAACCCAAGAAGAAGAAGCAUCAUGGUGUAGAAGACCUCCCUGAUUCAUCAGUGCACUCGCCUUUCCUUUUUAUUUGACCCCAUUCUUCAUGUAACCAUUCCCACGUGGCACUUAGCGGCUUCUCUCUGGCAUUGAAUUCAUGAAAGGGAAAGCUUGAGAACACCUGAGGAGCAGCAUGUGUCGCCUAUUGAGCUACAUGAAAUCUGAAGUGGCUCUACCAUGUGUGUUUUCGUUCUUAUUUCUCACAUUAUCGCAUGUUUUUCCUUUACAUUUAAUUUGUAAUAAUUUGAACUUUCCCCCUGUAGGAAACUGAUUUAUUUAUUUGUAAUAUUUCCCCCUUAAUUAAAUGAAAUUAGUCGCUAUUAACAUCAUACAGGCUGCAGACACAAGCUCUUAUUUUCCACCGUAUCGCAUGUUUUUUCAUUUACAUUUAUUUUUUAAUUAUCUGAACUUUCCCUCUGUAGGAAACUGCUUUAUUUAUAUGUAGGUUUUCCCUAUAGACAAAUGAAAUUAGUCAGUAUAGUAUUAACAUCAUACAGGCUGCCGAUUGACCCGUACAGUGAACACUUAAGACUUUAGCCAUUUAAGGAAGUAUGUCUAAUGUAAGAGUAGUAUAAGCUGGAAAAAGCUUUCUGAAUUAAGGUGUGUUUAGUCGACCGAUGCUUACUAAAAAGCUGCUUUUUUUUGUUUUAUUAAAAGUGCUCUUCGUAAUGUUUCCCCUUCGUCAUCUGUCGCUCUUCCGUUACAUCUCAUGUUUGUGCCGCCGUAACGUCUCAAAGUUGCCUGUGUUUCUACCUCUUAGUUAGAUGGGCUUAUGAAAUGUACUAAGAAGAAGCCCGUGCAGAUGAUGAAGUAUUUAAUUAGUUCCUGGCCUGAUAGCACAAUAAAUUCAUUAAAAUUCUUUCUGUGAAGCGUCACAUGGUUUACAAAUAUUCAUCUUUUUAUUUGACUACUGUUCUUGCUAAAAAAGUGGCUUUCAGAUUGUUUUGUCCAGAAUUUGGAGUAGCAGUGUUUUUCAUAAUUUAGUAAACUUUUUGAGAUAAAUAAUAACCCCCACUUCCAUCACUGAAAUAACAAGUUAUAUUAGUAAGAAACAUUUACUUUUACCCAAGCAUUAAAAGCCAUGUAUAUGUCUGAGGCAAUGAAUUUGGAUCAUAUUGCAAGGUAUUCAACAUUAUUGUGCACUUCUAUUGCUAAAAUGUCAAUAAAGUUCAAUACAUGAGCACCAA